AUGACAUUCGUCGUACAAGUCUCAGGAACAAUGCUCACAUCCGCCGCCGAGCAAAUCAACACCAGCUUCAAUAUCAGCGACGAGGCAUUCCCACACUCCUACUGGCCAGUGUUGAGUUGGAACCUGGGAGGCGCCGCAGCACCACUCUUGGGACUGCCUUUGAUGGAGAACUUUGGGGUACGGUGGAGUUAUCUGGUCAUCUACGCAGUUCUGAUCAUCUUCAUCAUUCCACAAGCGUUAGCCAAAAACUUCGCGACAAUCAUUGUAACGAGGAUCAUUACAGGUUCUUGCUCGGGUGUGCUUGCCAAUAUAACGUCGGGCAUUGUGAGUGAUAUAUGGAAAGACGGAAGAGCGAAGAGUUUCGGUACCUCACUUUACAUUUUCGCCCUGCUUGCGGGUCUUAACAUGGGGCCUGUUUUCGGGAGUUUGGUAGUGCAGUAUACGACCUGGCGAUGGGUCUUCCUAAGCCAGAUCAUCUUCUAUAGCGUCCUUAUACCGGUGCUGUUCUUCCUCCUCCCCGAGGUUCGACCCGAUGUCAUCCUCACUCAGCGUGCACGUCGUAUUCGCGCAGAGACUGGAAAAGAGGUGUAUGCACAGGCGGAGAAAGAGCAUACAAAUUUUGGUGAGAUCCUUAGGGAGACGCUUGUCAGACCCACACGCAUGCUCUGUACCGAAGGCGUAGUUCUGUCUUUUGGAAUGUGGAGCGCUUUCUGCAUCGGCACAGCGUUCAUGUUCACACAGUCCAUCGUGCAAGUCUUCUCGGAGUUGUACGGCUGGUCUUUCUUCGGCACGGGUCUUGUGCAGUCCGCAGUCGUGAUUGGGGAGCUUAUCGGCCUUGUCGCAUCCCUAGUUCAAGAUCGAAUCUACUUCGCAUCCGCGAAACGCAACACGGAUACACCAGGAAAACCGAUUCCUGAAGCACGACUCUAUCUCAGUAUUCCAGCUUCGUUUAUUGGUCUAAGUGGCGGACUGUUCUACUUCGCGUGGACGUCCUACGCUUCUAUAUCAUGGAUUGUACCUAGUAUAUCGCUCGCCUUUGUUGGUUUUGGUAUGUUCUGCAGCACGGCUGGAGUGACGACGUAUGUGGUUGAUGCGUACGCAAAAUACGCUGCUAGUGCCAUUGCAGGCAUUGCAUUCCUUGAGAACUUCAUGGCAGCGUUCUUACCGCUUGCAACCCAGAGUAUGUACCGUACGUUGGGCUUCCAAUGGGCGAGUAGUUUGUUGGGCUUCAUUGCAUUAGCACUGAGUUUCAUUCCUUUGAUAUUGUUGAGAUUUGGGAAAAGCAUACGUGGAAAGAGCCCAUUCAUGAGUGAAGCGGGGUACGAAGAUUGA